UGCUGUUCGGCUUAUAAGAAGGCGUCCCGUUCCCUGUUGCUCAUCAGUUCUUGCGUGUAUUUGAACGAGUGGACUAAUGGAUGAAGGAACGCGUGCAAACCUCUAACAUCUUAAUUUGUUCGUUUUGAAUGAUUUGAGAAGACCAAUUUCAAUUCAUUCAAAGACUUGGUGAAGACUGCAAAACGAUGGCAGAAGCUAAUAUCUGUGGGGGAGGAGGCAGCAACACCACCACCACUACUAGCCCCACAACCACCAGCAGCAGCAGCAGCAGCAGCAGCAGCAGCCCCACUAGCUGUGGCAACAGCUGCAGCAGCAGUGGCAGCGGCCUCCCUGUGUCGCACAGCGUCCUGACCUGCGAGCAGGUGAGCCGGCUGCACGAGGUGCUGACGGAGGUGGUGCCGGUCCACGGCCGCGGCAACUUCCCCACGCUGGAGGUGCGCCUGCGCGACAUCAUCCGGAUGGUGCGCGGGCGCCUGGAGGAGCGGGGCAUCCGGGUGAAGGACGUGCGCCUGAACGGCUCCACGGCCAGCCACGUGCUGGUGCAGGACGUGGGUUGGAGCUACAAGGACCUGGACGUGAUCUUCCGCGUGGACCUGCCGCACGAGCAGGAGUACCAGCUGGUCAAGGAGGUGGUGCUGGGCACGCUGCUGGACUUCCUGCCCGGCGGCGUCAACAAGGAGAAGAUCACGCCGGUCACGCUGCGCGAGGCCUACGUGCAGAAGCUGGUCAAGGUGUCCACGGAGCAGGACCGCUGGAGCCUCAUCUCGCUCUCCAACAACAACGGCCGCAACGUGGAGCUCAAGUUCGUGGACUUCAUCCGCCGGCAGUUUGAGUUCAGCGUGGACUCCUUCCAGAUUGUGCUGGACCCGCUGCUGGCCCACUACGGCAGCGGCUUCUGGGGCUCGGCAGCAGAUGCGGCAGAGUCCAACCCGGCGACGCCGGCGGUCCUGGGCCCGCUGUGCCCGGAGGUGAUCGGCGAGAGCGUGUACGGGGACUUUGAGGCGGCGUUGGGCCACCUGCGCGACAAGCUGAUCGCCACCAAGCGGCCGGAGGAGAUCCGCGGCGGCGGCCUGCUCAAGUACUGCAACCUGCUGGUGCGCGACUUCCGGCCCACGGACGAGGAGGAGUUCAAAGGCCUGGAGCGCUACAUGUGCUCGCGCUUCUUCAUCGACUUCCCGGACCUGGGCGAGCAGCAGCGCAAGCUGGAGGCCUACCUGCAGAGCCACUUUGUGGGCGAGGAGAAGAGCAAGUACGACUACCUCAUGAUCCUGCGGCGCGUGGUCAACGAGAGCACGGUGUGCCUGAUGGGCCACGAGCGCCGCCAGACGCUCAACCUCAUCUCGCUCAUCGCCUUCCGGGCGCUGGCCGAGCAGAACGCCAUCCCCGACGCCUCCAGCGUCACCUGCUACUACCAGCCCGCCCCCUACGUGCGCGACGCCAACUUCAGCAACUACUACGUGGCCUCCUGCAGCCAGUCCAUCCCCACGUGGCUGCCCUGCAACUGAAAACUCAGGCUCCAAGGGAAGUGGUAGAGAGAGAAAUGGUUAUUUGUGUCGAAAAAUGACUACGAAAAAACUAAAACAAACAAAAGAGAAAAAAAAUAAGAUGCUCUAAGAAAGUAAACUAUUAUAAAAAAAAUAUUAUAUACACACGUAUGGAUACCCUCCCACCCCAUGCUUUAAAAGAAGUUGGAACGGAGAAAAAAAGGAGAGAAAAAAAUAAGAUGGGGUGGUUUGAUGGGUUGUUUUGCAGGGGGGACAAAAUGGAAGACAUGGACUGCCAUUAAUCCUCUGAGCAUAAAGGAUAUAUUUAAAAGGACGUGGGGUUUCUUUUGUGUUUCUUUUUUCUUUUCUUUUUUUUUUUCUUCAGUGGGGGGAGAAGAUGGAGGACCCUUGGACAUGCACCCCCCAUCGCUGUGUGCUCAUCUCUCCCCUACAAGAUGUGAACUGGAGAGGGAGAGCAGUGGAUCCAGAGUGACAUUUUGGAACUUGGAUUACAUGUUUUCUAAAAAAAAAAAAAAAUGCCUUUGUCUCAA